AAUCGUACAGAGAAGGGUGAAGAGAUGGGCAAAAAAGCAAAAUGGUUUUCUAGCGUUAAGAAAGCUUUCAGCCCAGAUUCAAAGAAGUCGAAACACAAAUCGCCAGAGAGCCCAAACGGUGUGAUCUCUAACCCUCCUCCUCCCCUGGCGGCGGAUAGCUCGAGACAAUCUUCUUCUCCUCCGCCGGCUCCACCUCCUCUUGAGGUGAGAGUAGCUGAAGUGAUUGUUGAACGGAACAGGAAUCUCUUCCCUCCUUCGACAGAUGUCGUGAAUGCCACGACUACCGAUAUUCCUGUAGCUCCAUCUUCAUCUGCUCCUGAGGUUGUUCGUCGUGCUACUGCUCGUCGUUUCGCUGGAAAGUCGAACGAAGAAGCGGCUGCGAUCUUGAUUCAGACUAUAUUUAGAGGCUAUCUGGCGAGAAGAGCACUGCGGGCAAUGAGGGGUUUGGUCAGACUUAAGUUAUUGAUGGAAGGAUCUGUUGUUAAACGGCAAGCUGCAAAUACUUUGAAAUGUAUGCAGACUCUCUCUCGUGUACAGUCACAAAUCCGAGCUAGGAGGAUCAGGAUGUCCGAAGAAAAUCAGGCUCGGCAGAAACAACUUCUUCAGAAGCAUGCCAAAGAGCUUGCUGGCUUGAAGAACGGGGAUAAUUGGGAUGAUAGCAUUCAAUCGAAGGAAAAAGUUGAAGCGAAUUUGCUAAGCAAGUACGAGGCAACCAUGAGAAGGGAAAGGGCAUUGGCUUAUGCAUACUCUCAUCAGCAAAACUGGAAGAACAAUUCUAAAUCUGCAAACCCGAUGUUCAUGGAUCCGAGCAAUCCGACGUGGGGAUGGAGCUGGUUAGAGAGAUGGAUGGCUGGUCGGCCAUUGGAGAGUUCCGAGAAAGAACAAACCAACGACAAUGCCGCCUCGGUGAAGAGCUCUUUUAACCGUAACGAAGCCACAAAAGCUAUAAAUCGCAAUAACUCAACCCAACCAAACACGCCAUCAUCCGCAAGAGGUACCCCAAGAAACAAGAACAGUUUCUUCUCCCCUCCAACUCCUUCGAGGCUAAACCAGUCCUCCCGAAAAUCUAACGACGACGACGCCAAAAGCACAAUCUCGGUCCUGUCCGAGAGGAACCGUAGACACAGCAUGGGUGGUUCAUCAGUCAGAGAUGACGAGAGCCUCGCUGGCUCACCGGCUCUCCCGAGCUACAUGGUUCCAACUAAAUCAGCUAGAGCCAGGCUCAAGCCGCAGAGCCCACUAAGUGGCACCACACAGGAAAACGAUGGCUUCGCGGACAAGGCAUCGGCUAAGAAACGCCUCUCUUAUCCGGCUUCACCUGCGUUGCCAAAACCGCGUCGGUUCUCAGCUCCGCCUAAGGUGGAGAGUGGCGGCGUCGCUGUAACCAACGGAGGAGGCAGCUGA